AUGUUUCCAUACUCUCCCACCAUACUAUAUGUACUAACUAUUAAUUUGGGUAUUGCAUUUCCGCAAGGUGGUGAAGCAGGCCAAGGAACUGAAGGUGGUGGAUUCGCCUCUUUCGGAGAAGACAUACAGCGGCGCGCUUCCAUGCUCCCCGGUAGCAGCACCACGGCAGUGAAAGAUUUACAAAGAGGUGCAAUGACAAAAAUAUCUUCCAAAUUACCUUUUAUGAAGUCGGUGUUAAAAAGAGCAUCCGUAGCAGUUCCAGGUAUACCAAUACCACAAGAAUUGAGCGCUGUUGGGGGUGGUGAAGCAGGCCAAGAAACUGAAGGCAGUGGCCUCGCCUCUUUGGGAGCAGAUAUACAGCGACGCGCUUCCAUGCUACCCGGUAGCAGUACAGCGGCAGUGAAAGAUUUACAAAGUGGUGCAAUGUCAAAAAUAUCUUCAAAAGUACCUUUUUUAAAAUCAAUGGUAAAAAGAGCAUCCGUAGCGGUUCCAGGUAUUGGAGUUCCAUCAGAACUUGUUGCUGGGGGCGGUGAUAAAGAUGGCCAACAACUGUUGGGAAUGAGCGGCCUCCCAAGUUUGGAAGGAAUACAGCGGCGCGCUUCCAUGCUACCCGGUAGCAGCACAACAGCAGUGAAAGAUUUACAGAGUGGUGCAAUGUCAAAAAUAUCUUCAAAAGUACCUUUUUUAAAAUCAAUGGUAAAAAAGGCAUCCGUAGCAGUUCCAGAAGCGUCUUCGUCUAGUUCAGUUCUUCAGUCUUUUGCAACCUCACUGCCUGGGAAAGUUUCAUCUUCAACCCUGAACGUUUCUUCAUUAACAAAUCUCGCAACCAGCAGUACAGCCGCGUCCGGCAUCGCAGAGAAUUUAACAGUAAAAGCAAAAGAAGACUUGGUAACUAUCGUGGAUGAAACAAAAAAGUGAAAGAGAAAACUUUCCUUUUAAGAUACCACAUUGUUUUAGAUGAAACAAAAAAGUGAAACCUUAGCAAGAUACGUUACGCGGCCGCCUUCACCAACAAUUAGAAACCCAGGGUUAUGAAGCAAACAUUCAAGCCAAUCAGGAAGAUCAUCCUUGAAACGCCGUGUUUGCCACGUUCAUGAAUUAUUUAUGCAAUUAAAUUACUGUGUACUGUA